GAAGGCUCCGUGCGAUCCGCCGGACGCCGUGUUUGCGUUCCGUCCCGAUCGCCGGCAGAAACCAAGAGGCGGCGGCGGUGGAUAGAGAGGCCGGGCGGUCGCCGCGGCUCCGCCAGGCGGGAGGAGGCAUCGCACCGACGACAGCGGCAGAGAGGGAGGGAGGGAGGGGGACGCGGGGCGCAGGCUGCUCCUAUGGAUGCCGAGGUACAGAACACUGACUACUGAAGAUUGAGAGCGCAACAAGAUGGAGGACUGUCUUCACACGUCUUCAGAAAACUUGUCCAAACUGGUUAGCUGGGCUCACAGUCAUGGAACAAUCUGCAGUCUCAUUCCAAACCUGAAGCACUUGUUGACUGAAGGGGCCCAUGGAAACCUUACUGCAAUGUGGGGCUGUGGGGCUGGUCAUGCAUAUCACUGGCCACUGGCUGUGACCUGCAGGACAGGCUCCCAGGACAGAGUGUGCUUUCAGGACAAUAGAAGCUUUAACUCGGAUAGCCCCAGCAUUAUUGCAAUGUCAUCGGAGGUUCAACAAAGCCCGUCAGAGAAAUACCUUAAUAGGUGCUCAAAAGGAAAGGUCGAGUGUCCCAGGAAUAGAGAUUCCUGUGACUUUUCAUAUAGUGAACAUUCGGAGGUUGAUGAAAAUGUGGAAGAGUAUGAUGAUGGUGAUUUAUUUCACAUGGCAUGCGAAUCUUCAGCAACCGAUGAAGACAGUGACUAUGAAUCUCGGCUGCAAAAGAAUAUACUGAAGAGGCGUGAAGUAGGGCCUUCUCUUGCACUGGACACCCCAAAUCACCUUGUUCUUGAAAACAAUAAUGAAGUUAUUGUUAAAAAGAUUAAGCAAGAGGGUCCUGAAGACUAUUACAUUGUGACAAAUGCAGAAAUAACUCUAGACAAUGAGAGUUCACCUGUUACGGUGAGAUCCAAGCCAAAAUCUGGUCCUGCAUCCUUUUUGGGGCCGACCAAAUCUUCAGCCCUCCUUCCUGCUAGUCAUAUGCCUGAAAGGACUGACUCUAAAGCUAUUUCUAUUAUUCCAACAAACAUCGCAAGGACAAUGGGUCCCAAGUCUGUAAAGAGUUGCGCAAGCUCACAUAAGAAGCUGAAUGACAGUCAAGGUACUGGGCAGCAGUUAGUUCUUCAAAUGCCAGUCAGCACUUCAGGAGGAAACCAGCAAAUCAAUAUUCCAUUGUCAGCUCUCCAGCUUCCCGGCCAAGAGGAGCACAAUGCUUCUGAAGACACAGGGAUACAGAUGGUAAAGACCGGAGCAUCCAGCGAAGUUUCGUUAUCUCCAUCCAUCAGUGCCGAACCUGAAGUCAGCUCCAGUCAGCAACAGUCAAGUUUGCUUCAGUCUCUGGCGAAAGAUGCCAGUGCACAAUCAUCAGCAGCAGCCCUUUCAGGAAAACUCAACAGGUUUCCACAAUUUGACGGUGAAUUGAAGGAGCUCUGUACAAGCGCUGUCAGUGCCAACACCACAAAGGCGACCCUGUAUUCACUGAAUGUAUGGCGGUACUGGUGUGUAACACGCGAGCUGAAGCAUUAUAUGGACAUUACCAAGAUUCCACCCGCGAAGCUCAACGAGCUGCUGGAGGACUUCUACGUAACCGUGAGAAAGACCGAUGGCUCCGAUUUUCUGGCCACCUCCCUUCACGCAAUCCGGCGGGGCCUGGAUCGUGUGCUGAAGAACGCCAAUGUGGGCUUCUCGGUAGGUGACGCCAUCUUCAAUUCCUCCACCCUGAAGCUCAGGGACAAACUGAGGAUGCUGAACAAGGCUGGCAUGUCCGGCUCACGAUCCAGGAACAUCAUCUACUUCACUGGUCAGGACGAGGAGGAGAUGUGGCAGGCGGGCUACCUGGGUGACACCAACCCAGUGGCUUUGCUCAGCGUGGUGGUGAAGUUCAACAGCCAGUACUUCAAUAUGAGAACCUUGCAGGAGCACGUAGACCUCAUGUAUGGGGAUAUCGAGCUGCUCAAGGACACAGAAAACAGGCCCUUCUUUGCACGGACUGACAUGGUCAAAAGAGAGAGCAAAGUCUGCAGCAACAAGCUCUGCUUUGGGCAGGUCUACCAUGAGCAUUCAGAAGGACUCAAGAGGUGUCCAUACUGCCUGCUGUAUAAAUACAUGUACACCCAUCGGCCUCCUAGCCAGCGAGAUCCUAAAUCUCCCUUUUAUCUCGUAGCCAGAAAGGAUUUCUCCCAGCUGGACAGCGUCUGGUUUGAGGAGCAGCGAAUGGGCCUCCGCUCUCUCAGGGCAGUGGUCCCCAAACUUGCAAAGAAAGUACGGCUUGAGCAAAGCGAGAGCUUCACAUUUGUGUCCUUCACUCAGGCAUCUCUCCUCAAGCCAGGAAAAUUUCUUUCUACUGACAGCUGAGGAACGCCUGUGGCUUUGGACCAAAAGAGUUGUUAUAACCAUAGAUCUUCUAAAUACUGGGGAUGGAAAAUAACAAUCAGGCUAGCAGAUAGAAAAUGAAACACAAUGUGAAUUAAUUUGGAAGGGGCAAUAGUUAGUUAUUUAAUCAUCCAUAAUCCUUUUGUUGCAACAUUUUCAUUACAGGUUUGUUUUUCUAAACGACAAUUGUGACAUAACCUCUGUAAAAUAAAACUGAACUGCAAACUAUUACCGUGGGGAAUUUGGUGAGGAUUGGAAUUCCCUGGUAAGUAGUGGUGAGUAACGGAGUGUUAUUUUUAAAUCAAAUUAUUCUCUUUAUCUUAUUAGAACAAAAAUUACAAGCCAGCAACUGUUAACUAGGCCUGUGACGAGGUGCUAAUAAUGUUCACUGUAUGUAACCAGUGUGUUUCUGAAGAGAUCCCUUCAAGAUCACAGAGUUUAUUAGAGUUGGCAAACUUGAAUGAUGAAGUUACACAUUGUGAUUAUUAGAAAAGGUCAAAGGCUGAAUAUCCUGUGGUGAAUGACCCACCCACUGGCUCAUCAAGUCCUUUUCCACAAUGACUAGUCAGGAGUGUGAUGGACUACUCUCUGCUUAGUGGCAUUCCGGACAAAGUAGCCCAUUAUUAUUGUCACCCCAUCCACUGAAUUAAUACUCCCUUCAACACUGUUGCACUGUGAUUACAUGCGCAAAAUCUAUAAAAUUCACUGCAGUUACUCAUUUCAGUUGCUCUCUAAGGAGCUCCCAAAGCUGCUGAAUCUACCAUGAAGGACAAAACAGCAGGGAGUAAGAACAACAACAUCUACAGGCCUCCACACUAUCCUGGCGGAGUAUAUCAUCAUUCCUUUGUUGUCACUGGGUCUAAAUCCUGAAACACCUCAGCCAGCAACACUGGCAGUGUCUUCACCUGAAAGACUGCAGCAGUUCAGCAGCUGGUAGGUGGAUUAGGACAAUAAAUACUGGCCUUGCCUGUGACACCUAUAUUACAGACAUGAAAAAAAACCCUACUUAUUCUCCUCUUGAAAGACUAAAACAGAGAUGAUAUUGAGUUUGCUGGAUUUAAGGGUGUAGUGUUGAAAGGAAAGAAGAUGCUUAUGUAAAGGGACUAGAGUAAAUUUAUGAAUAAUCCAAGUUAUUUACAGGGAACGAUCAAGAUAAAAUUGAUUAACCAAGAUUACUGACAUUAAAGGGAUCUAACUUUUCUUAUAUCAGUCUACUAUACAUAAAUAUUACAACUCCAGAGGAUACUAAACUAAAUUCUCAUGUAUGUGUAAUAAAAACAUCUACUUAUACAUGAUAAUAUCCAGCUCUAUGUCGUCACUACUCCCUGACCUCUCCACAGUCUCCGACAUGCUUCUUGCCUGACACUUACUCACGGACGAACAGAAAUUUCUGCCAUAUUAUUAUUGGAAAGGCAACAACCAUUCUUUUUUUGUCUGCUUGACAUUUUGUUUCCAGACACUGACUCCAUCCCCUUUCUGACCAGUGUCUAAGACCGAACAAGGCCAAUCGCAACCCCAAUUUGAUCCCAAGCUGAGCUUUCAACCAUAAAGCCGCUCUGUAGCAAAACCUCCACCGUGUCAUGAUCACCUGGCCUCCCCUCCUUCUGCUACUGUUAGCUCUAAGUUGUUCUAAUGCUUCCUGGGUCUCAUGAACUUUAAUGCAUCUAAUCUCUCUGAAUUUGCAUUGAGUUCCUUUCAUCCAUUGCUCCUUUGUUUCCUCAUUUGCUUUGGCUCCAAUUCCAGUAAUUAUGUUUGAUGGUGAAAUCCAUCCAUGACCUUCUCCUGCCCACCACCCACCACCCACCAUAUAUCUCUGCAACAUUUUUCAUUCUUGCUGCACCAAGUUUUUGGUGCUCUGAUUCUGGCUGGUUGCAUAGUUCCAAUUCUGAUGAAUCCACCCAUGCAGGCCAUGCCUUCAUUUGCUUGGCUUUGGACAUCAGAAUUCCUCAAAUUAUAAGCCUCAAAGGCUUUUUGCUCUUUCAAAAUGCUUCAUAAACCCAUCUCAUUGGUCCAGUUCUAGGUCAUCUGUCCUUCUGUAUCUUGCCGUGGAUUCAUGUCAAAUCUUAUUUGUUAAUGUUCAGUGAAGCACCUUGCGACAUGUUUAAGGGUAUUAUAAAAGCUCAAGCUAAUGUUUGAAUAAAUGGAUUUUAACCACAGUGAUGGUUUGAAUUAAACCUCUCCUUCAUUUCAAAGGUUGAGUGGGAACUCUGGGAUCUUGCUGAGCAUGAGGUGGCUGGAGAGAAUAUGCAAUUCUGAGAAAUUCAUGAAGUGCAUGCUCCAUGUGAUGGGUUAAAUGAGAAGCUACACAAUGAAGAGAGAGAGGUGAGGUUUACAGGGGCUUCUCAGUAGUGUGAACUUUCAGUGCUGAAGACUAAUAUCGCCUGUGUGCAGUACAGUAGGGAAGGGGAAUACUAUGGUGUGGAAGUUGAGACAGUUCAACAAAUUGUAGAAAUGCCAGGUUCAUGGGGAUCAUAGGAAGGGCUGAAUGGGUGUGUCUGUACCCAGAUGCUAGAGAUCAUAGCUUUAGGGCAAGAGGGGCAAAUUUAAUUUGCACAGAUGCCGGGUGGUGGUGGUGGUGGAAGCUGAUAUGAUACUGGCAUUUGAACGACUUUUAGAUGGGCACACAUGCAUAUGCAGGGAGUGAAGGGGUAUGGAUUACAUGCAGGAAGGAUUAGUUUAAGAGGCAUCAUGUUUGGCACAGAUAAUGUGGGCUGAAGAACCUUUCCCUGUGAUAUAAUGUUCUAUGAUGUGUUAUCUUCAUCUCCCAGAAUAAAGAACAAUGCUGAAUGGGUGAGGGGAAGGAAUUGACCAGAAGUUACAGACCACAUUGGAUCCAAAGAUUAAGAUUAAUUAAAAUGUGGAUCUAAGGUAUCCAUUCUGGAUAUCAAGUUUCCCAACCACCAACAUGCUGAAACUGAGAUAUGGGUUUGGGAGAUGUUUCUACACAGGUCUCUGAAGAUGAUAAGAUGAGUUUAAAAACUCCUGAAAAGGGUUGGGGGUCUUUGGUCUUCACUAUAGAUGCAUAUAAUGUAAACGCAGGGGAGUUGUCAACAACCUCUAGUGGUGCUCCAGUUAAAUUGCCUUGGCUGACUCUUGGCACCAGACGUUUGAAAAUAUGUCAACACUUUGGAGAAGGUGCUUGUGCAGAGUUGAUGAAAUAGUAUUGGAUGGAAAAGAAUAGUUAGACAGUAAGAACAAGGUGCUGUGAUGCUGCUACUUUGAAUAAUAUAUAGUGAUGCGGAGAUAGAGGCAGAGAGGUUUUGGUCAGCAGAGAAUCUAGAUUUAAGGCAGCUGGCCAAACUACUGGAGGUGACAUAAGGGAAAAUAUUACUCUGUGAAUAUGGAGGUUAGUGGUAACAGACUUAAUAAUAACUUUAAUAAUUUGCAUCUACACUUUGCUCAAAACUUUGCAGGGCUAUGCUGAAAAAGCAGUGUAGUAGGAUUAACUGAACAGAUCAUAAAACGAGCAGUAAAAUGGGUCAAAUAACAUUCUCCAUGGUAUCAUUCUGUAAUGCUAGCUGGCAGAUAAUUUAAGAUUACGGUUUACUUUCCGCAGAGACCGCUCCCUCCGCAACCCCCUGGCCAAUUUGCCCCUUCCCACCCAAACCACCCCCUCCCCUGGUACUUUCCCUUGCAACCGCCUACUGUCUCCGCCUCUUCCUUUUUUCUUCCCCCACCCCACCCCUACAUCAGUCUGAAGAAGGGUCUCGACCUGAAACGUCACCUAUUCCUUUGCUCCAUAGAUGCUGUCUCACCUGCUGAGAUUCUCCAGCAUUUUUAUCUACGUAAGAUUUACAUCCUGUAUGUUUUGUCACAUUACUGUGAUUGUUUUGUUUAUUUUCAUUUUGAUGUACCAUCCUUCUAUAAACCGUACAGAAUCUAUGAUUAUCAAAACUUUAAUCUCUUUUCCUCCCCAUUCAGAUAGAGAUCUUUGGCAGGUUCUACUCUCUUUGUUAGACCAUGUAAAUUAGUUAAUCUAUGUUAAAUCUGCAGACUGAUACUUUACUUAACAGUGGGGAAUCUGAAUACCUGGAAGUUUUCUGCUGAAUAACUGGAAAAUGGAGUAUUGCUCACCACUGCAAGUAUUUUCGAGUUUGUGUGAGCAGUCUGCUAAUUGCUUUCAGCUUACUCUCAUCUCCUUGUUGUAUUUCUUACUUGGAAUAGGACACCAUUUUAUUUUCUUCCCUGCCAGAGAGGAGUCUUGUGACAUUGUAUUACUAAACAAAAUCUCAUGAAAAGCCCAACUUGUUCCGGAGUGGUCUCCUUUUUGAUUUCAUUUUUUAAAUUUAAUUUAUGUCAUCCAUUUAAAAUGUCUAUGCCAACGAUUUUGAUUUUAUCACAGUAAAUGUUUGUAUAUUUCUUGUGACCUUGAGUAUAAUUUAAGCUUCAGAUAGUUUUCCAUAAGAUUUUUGCCACAAAUUGGCCGGUUAAAGAUCAAAGAAGUAUAGAACAGAAAAGAUUUCCAUUUAUAAUGUGCCUUCAGUGGACUCUUGUUAGCCCAAAAUACUUUUCAUCCUAUGAAGUACUUUUGAAGUGUUGUUGUGAUGAUGCAGGAAAUACUGCAACCAUUCUGCAAACGGCAAGCUUGGACAAUCAGUAACAUGACAACAAUCAGAUGAUCUGUGUUCUAGUGAUACUGAUUGAGGGAUAAAUAUUAGCCCAGAUCCCAGCUGUUGUAUGAAAUAGUGCCAGAGGAUAUAGUCCCAUCCACUUGAGAGGAUUGUGAGGGACUUGGCUGAGUCUAUUCCAAAUGAGAGCACUCUGACAGGGCAGCACUUGCUCAGCACUGCACUAAGAUGGCAGCUGAGACUUUAUGCACAGUUGGGAGUAUUGAGACCAAUCAUUACUUUGGAAAGGGAGCAAAGGCUCCAGCAGGCGUGUAAGCAUAUCCUAGAACGGUACUCCAGAUUUGUCUUUUAAGUUUUGCAUAGUGAUUGGAGGGGCUGAAUUUGUGUUCCUUGGAUAAAAGAAAGUUAAUAGAUCUAGCCAUGAGAAUUUUUGACAGCAGAAAUGAGUAAGAGGUCUUUCACCUUAGAGAAGUAUCGGUCAUUGUUUAAAGAUGAUUGGCAAAGAAAACCAUUUAUCUUGAUUAUUAAAAGUAAAGAGAAAUAAGGAAUGAGACUUGCAGUUCUUUUCAGGAAUGCAUUGCCCAAAGGUUCAAAAGAUGUAUUACAUCCAUACAUAGAGGAAAAUAUUGUAAGGCUGUCAAAAAAAAAAAGCAAAAGUGGAUUUAAAUGGAUUACUCUUUCAGUGCCAAUGCACAGAUGAUUAAUCCUACUGUUACUUUCUAUUUUUUAUAGAAAUAUACUCUGGAAAAUAUAAUCCUAAAAUAAUUAAAUACAUUUCUAUCAUAGAAACUAUGAUCCUUCUAUCAUCCUACCUCUGCACCACCCUUACUCUUCCUCAUCCACUCUGAAAUAGGAUAAGUGCAACGUUUUGAGAUUCAUCUGAUAAAACUAACAAACACCAAAUAUCUCUAUUGUGAUGUACACUACUGAUUUGACUGUCAAGCUUAAUGGGCCUGUCCCACUUGGCGAUUUUUUAGGCAACUGCCGGCAACCGUCAUAGUCAUAGCAGGUCGCCGAAAAACCAGCGACAACCUAUGUCAUCCUGGCGACAACCUACGACAGCACCUAUGUCAGGAGAAGUCAAGCUACGCUCAUUGGCAUCAAACCUACUGUUGCCAAAAAAAUUUCAACUUGUUGAAAAUUUAGCGGCGACCAGAAAGACACUACAACUUUUUGCAUGACUGAGGAGACUAUGCCCGGCGACCACUGGCGAACAUGUGCCGACAAGCUACUCGCCUGUAGUUGCCUAAAAAAUUGCCUAAGUGGGACAGGCCCAUAAGGAGCAUCUUGGAAGAAGAAUCUUGCCUUUGCAGAUCCACAAUUGCAUUACCGCAUAUCUUUACAAUUCCUAUGUUGCAGCAGUGAUUAACUUGGAAUAACUCCUAUGUCCUGAUUUUGUUCAAGAUAUCAUAUGUAAAUCUUGUUCAUUUACAGCAUAUGCAUGUAUUUCACCGUCAAUGUUAUUUAUAACCAUGGGUGGGAGGAGAAUGUAAUCAUAACCCUUUUUAUUUUGGAACAAGCUUGUAUUAAAGAAACCAAAAUUGGAAAAAGUCUGCAUAGAAAGGUUGAAAGUAGCCUAGAGACACAAGGGCUACUCCAGCACUGUGUGUUUUUUUUUUUAAGUUGCCUUUGUUGGAACAUGGGAAUUGUUAACACUGAGCAAAACCUUUCUUCAAUGGAACAUUUUUACAGGUCUACAUGACCAUCCAUGCACCCUAACCUCGGCCCCUGUGAAACAAGAUAUUCCCCUUGUACUCGCUGCCUCUACCAGGGAUCAUCCUCUCCUUUCUUGGGGUAAUAGCGGUGAAGCCGCAAGCCUCGUCUAAGCAAAUCAAACUCCACUGCCUUGAUUCUGCUGAGUAGAAACUGAUCACGUGACACUUCUGCUUAAGUGGCAAUGAAUGACAGCCACACAUGCUUAAUGCUGAUAGUUUAAUUGUAUUCUUGUGCUUUAAUUAUGAGAAAUUCCUUAUAAAUUCAUUAAAAAUGAGAGGAACAGUGGCAAGAAACAUUUGUUUAAAUGUGGAAAUGCUUUUAGAAAUGUAAUGAGGCAUUCAGAUACAAAAUGAAAUAGCAGGAGCAAGCUGUUUAGAUCGAAGAUUAACACAAAGCGACCCUUCUUCAGACUCUUGACGCAAAACGUCACCUGGCCCGCUGAGUUACUCCAGCUUUUUGCAUCUAUCUUCGGUUUAAACCAGCAUCUGCAGUUCCUUCUUACACAAGCUAUUUGUGUACUUUGCCAUUCAACAUUAUCACAGCUGAUCAUUUACCUCAGCUAUAUUUCUCAGCACUAACCCAUUAAUCCAUUCACAUCCAUAAGAUCACCUCUAAGCCUCCUACACUCCAAGGAAUAAAUUCCUAGCCUGCCUAAUCUCGCCCUAUAGCUCAGGCCCUUAGUGCUGGCGACAUCCCCAUAAAUCAUCUUUGCACUCUUUCAGUCUCCAGCUCUACAUUUAAACUCAUGCAAAUUUCCAUUCCUCAUUCACUCAACCAGUUCUCCACUAUUUCUGGGAGGUUUCUGCAGCUCUUUCGAUGAGACAACGUGUUUAAAGUAAUUAUUUCUACCUUUCUCACUCCACAAGAGAUCCACGUUAACUGUCGCUAACAUUUUCUCUUUUUGCAAAUCAAUAGAAGGUUUUGAUGUCUUUUUAUGUUUCUUACAGGAUUACUUGUACUUUCUUCUCCUUCCUUAUCUAUAUCGUGGCCCUCAUUUAUAGAAUGCUGAGCAACUUUCAAUCCUUGGGCUUUACUGCUCGGCAACAUAGCAAGCUUGUCCUUUGAUCUUGUGCUAUCUUUAACUUCUCUGGUUAGAUGCAGCUGGGGCACUUUCCUCUUGGGAUUUUGGGCCUUAGAGGGAUAUAUAGUUGUAAGCUGUGAUAAUUCCUAAAUCGUAGCCAUUGCUUAUUUGUCAUCCUGCCGUCAGAGUCGAGUGGAUGUAAUUAGAGCUUUAAUUCUAAUCGGUGUUGACUUGAGAGAGGACACUGACACGUGUUUGCUUUUCCUGCAAGUAGAUUCAGCGAAUGUUGCCAACAUGAUAUUGUUGGUAUCUUCCUAAUGCUCUGAGAUUGGUUGUCAUCUCAGGCAGUUCUUUGGGAUUGAAGACGACUUUGUUACAUUCCUGUCCUUUGGGGGUUCAUGGGACCUGCCGAUUCUGCCACGGACUGGGCAGGAUGUUCAUGAUGGCAGGGGUAGGUGGGCAGCUUGUGAAGUGAUGCACUCCUGGCUUUAACAAUAUGGGCUUCCGUGUUUUUCUAAUGCAUGAAGUUGUGUCUUGAUGCCAUCCCAAAUAGUCCGCCACCAUUUUUGGCAAUCGCAAAACAGACUCCCAGAGUUGGUGCGGUUAUUUUCACAAGGUGGUUUGACGACAUCCUUGAACCUUUUCUUUUGUCCGUUUAUUAAUUUUUAUCCAUGACCGAGCUCAGAACAGGAUGUUUGAACACCGUGGCCUGCUGGAUGAAGCCAAGUGUAAUGAGGGGGUUGGGCUGGGAGACAACUGUCAUUGGUUUGCUUAUCCUUCCAGUGGCUUCACGGAUAUUCUCAG